AUAUCUGCUCCUCUGACCAUAAUUAAAGCCUAAUUCAUAGAGGGAACCACAGUAAAACUGUUACGCAGCCAAGAUAAGGAACUCAAUAACUAUUUGUAUUGCUUUCAAACAGUGGUAGCCAACUUUGAGUCACUGCAUUUGCUUUAGAACUGCAAUGUUUCUUGCUGAAUCACCUUCUCAAGUGAAUGUUAUUUCUCAGUGUGCAAUGAAGUUGGUUGAGGCUACAGUAGGCCACCUUCCAUGGGUUCAAUGGAUGAAUGUGCAUCUCACAAGUACUACAGACAGCUGCUAUGACAAUUUAAUGUUGAUUAUUAGAAAAUAUUUAUUAAUGAGACAUUUGUGGCCAACAGAAGAUGCCAAUUAUAUUCUCCAAUGUUCCAGAAUGUCUACCACCUAACUAGAACCAUUAUAUUUCUAAUGUCUACAAAUAAAUCACAUGCUCCAACACAUCAAGAAUGUGGCAAUGUAACCAGGGCUAAAAGGGGUCAUAGGUGCCAAGGUUGUUAAUACUCUUUAACAGAAAUGUGACAGAUGAUGGCCUCAUUUUCUCAGGAUUCAAGUCUUACUUACAUUACGGAAGUGGUAUUACCUCCUUUGCCCCGCAAAGUCUAGUUAACCCGUCUGGACUAUCCUUUGUCUGCUCAUACGUGACGGUGCGACGGCUGCCAUCUGGCGCUAUUCUGCAUAUUAUUUUCCUCAUUUAGUAGACUAAACCCUUUCUCCCAUUUUUCAUCUCUCCUGGUCAACUCUACACGUCGUUAUUCAUGUGUUCGUGAGUAGACACGACUUUUUUACAGCCUCCCUAAAUCUGACAUUCUACUCCCUGUAUAAAAUAGCUAUGUCUAAAGGUACCAGUACAGCUGAUGACGUCAGUGUCCCGGCUAGAACGAUGCUCGUGAGAAAAAAAACAGACUUCGCUAACGGGCUGACUGAACGGUGCCCAUUCUUGUCAUCAGAAGUUAGGGCCACUGCAAAAAUGUGCUUUUCUCCAUAAGACUCGAUUAAAGUCCGGUGGCAUUAUCGGACAAUGCUACGAAGAUCGAUUCUAUUCAACGGAACGGUUGAUUAAAAACGUGGAUUCGGGAGCUGAGACUGCCGAGUCAAGUAUUUUAGGAACAUUACAGAUCCUUUCAGGAUACCUACGCUCCGCAGGCUGUUUUGUGGCACUCCUUGAGCUUGCUGGAGUUGAUCUGAUUACAGUAAGAUGACAUCAUCAAGCAAUGAGCUUCUGGCCAGUCGGGUCCAGGAGCCCCUGAUGAUGAGCAUGCACCUGCUGGCCAACCCUGGGGACUCGCUCCUGCUGCAGCACACCCUGGACCGCCUCCUCCGCUGGGUGUGCCCCAGCCUGCGCCUCUUCCACGUCUCUGAGCGGGCCUGCCCCCUCCGCGACUACGCCCGCUCCCGCCUGUGCCCCGUGGCCGGGUACCCCUCCCUGGCUGUGACCGUCUUCCUCCAUGAGGCCUACGGCGAGGAGCGCAUCCUCCGGGUGCUGGACUUCCUGCAGCGCCCACCCUGGCAGUACCACCACACGGAGAGCUGCGGCGGGAGGACCGGGGGCGUCCACAUCACCUCCUCCACCUCCCCGGCGAACGCCCUGCUCCGUCCCUACCUCCUGCCCAGCCGAGACUUCUACAGCCUGGGCACGGGGAUGCCCGUGUGGGGGGUGCGCCCGGUGCACUGCGGCGGGGAGAUGCUGCGGGUGACGCUCUACAGCGGCUACGAUAACUUUGACGACGCGGUGCGGCUCUACGAGACGGUGCUGCAGAGGCAGGCGGAGGAGCAGAAGCCGGGGUUCUGUUGGUUCACGCUCUACACGGAGCCGGGGCUGUGUCUACAGCUGGCUCUCAAACAGCUCUCCCCAGGGGUCAGGGUGGAGGCCUGCAACUCAGCCGUGCUGCAGUUCAGGGUGGAGGAGAUGGGUCAGCUCGUGCCACUGCUGCCGAAUCCGUGCACGCCCAUCAGUGCCACGCGCUGGCAGACCGAAGACCUGGACGGGAACAAGAUACUCUUCCAGGUGAAAGCCCCAGAGCAGCCUCAGCGACCCCUGACCUGUGCCUUCCCUCUGACAUGCCCCAGCGUCUCGCCCAGAGGCCUACUGAGGAGCGUCGUGUCCGCCCCGCCCCCAGCAGCCCACGCCCUGCAGCCCUGCGGCCAGAUGACCCCAGUGACCCGGCCGGGGAACAGGCCGCGCACCGACCCAGGCCUGGAUAGGCCUGUCUUACCCGGGGGUCUGCGGUGUGGGGGAGGGGGGGAGAGCAUGGGCUCAGACAGCUGCUACAGCACCCCUCCAGGCAGCUCCUGCUACUCGUCCCAGCGCAGCAGCCCCGCCACGCUAUCCGUCAACCACCCCCACGACUCCUCCCCUCUCUCAUGCUCCGCCUCCCCGGCGCGGCCCUCCCUGUCCAUCUCCCACCUGCUGCUGGAGGAGGAGGAAGAGCCGGAGACCAAUGUGGACACGGGCGUCCCCGUGACGACGACCCCGUGCUCGGACACAGACUUCACCAUGGCGACCAGCUCGAGGGACACAGGCGUCUCGGUGAAACCGCGUUCCGAGAGACCAGCCGCUGUGGGGGCCUCUGCCCUGGAGAGCCUGGCGAGAGAGCUGAGUGCCUGUCUACCGGAUGCUCACACACCUCCACCCCACCACAGGACUUGGGUUGUGAGCAGCCCUACCAAAGCUGCCAGCCCCGGGUGCAAGGUAGGGUCACAAGCCUGGGACAGCAGUGUUAUCAGCUGGGCAUCGCCGGGUCAGAGCUACUCCAGAGGGCCUGUGGGGCCACGGACUCCUGCUAAGCCAGCAGCAAAGGCUCUGUUGUCACCCACACACAAUACAGACCCAAUAGAUGAGUUCUUCAUCUGACUCCUUUCUGCAAUGUGGCAGGCAGGCAGUUGUAGGACAUUUUGUCACCAUCUAACAUAAUGUAACUUGGUGUUCCCUCCCUCCAGAGAGAGAGACGGGGAAGCUCAUUGAAACCACGGAGACACAAGGGACCUAACUUCCUGGUGCUAAGACUGUCAUGCCAGUCUAGGUCUGCGUGCAAAAUGUCACCCUAUUCCCUAUGUAGUGCUGGUGGGCUCUAGUCAGAAGUAGUGUGCAAUAUAGGGAAUAGGGUGCCCUUUUGGACGCAAACUAGCUAGGCUAGGAUAGGGUUGAAGCCUAUAGUAAAUGAAACUGUUACGCCCAGGGAUUUCAGAUACACAAUUAUUGUAUUAACUAACUAAGCUACUAUGCAUUUUAUUACCAGUGGAAGUAGAAAUGGAUACAAAUAUGUGCCACGAGUGGGUAGAUAAAUGUGUGUGUGUGGUUGGUAAGUUGUUGUGGUUGUCUGUGCACUGUGGAAGCUUAUCUGUGUGGUAUCAGAGUGAUAGCGUAUCUCUAGCUGACCUAAAUCCUUACCCCAAGAAAGCACUGUCUAUUGGGUCUGACUCCUGGGUCAGAGGUUAGUAUUGGACAGUAUCAUUAUCCUAUUUUUCUAGGAUUAACACAAAUGGUAUUUCAACAAUGACUGUUGUAUCUUCUAAUACUAUACUAAACCAUAGGUUGUGUUGAGGAGACCUUGCCAAACCACUGUGUUGAAAGGACACUACACAUUUUGAUAAGACAUAAAUACUAUGGGAGCUGAUAAUUCAUAUAUUUUCAGGAAACCUUUUCGUAAAGCUGUUUGUUUCAAGGACUGUGGUUAGGCUACAUAUUUUUGUAAUCUGUGUAUUCAAAGAUGGAUUGAAGAUGAGAAUACAACGAAGGACUAGAGAGCUAAGAGAUACUGCUUGUCUGAGAUGAUACUGUAUAAAUGUAUGAAGUGUUGGCUGACAUUACCAUGGGGCCUUGUAAGGCUGUCUAUAACCUAGCGCUAGACAAUGUUUACCAAACUGAUCGUCUAGAGGCCGGUUUCUUAGACAGAUUAGCCUAAACCUGGACUAAAAAGCGCUUUCAAUGGAGAAUCUCCAUUGAGUGCCUUUUAGUCCAGGACUAAGCGUAAUCUGUGUCUGGGGAAACCAUCCCUUAAUAAUUUAAUGAGUUUAUAAAGAGGUGAGUUGUGAAAUAGGACGGUUGUUGUUUAAUCAUGAUUUGUUUUUUAUAUUAUGAACCUGCAUUAUGCAUCACUAAAUUAUUUUUGACUAUUCUGACUAAUUUGGGAAUAUACUGUCAUUUGUUUCAGAUUGUUCUUAAGACAUUAUGAUGAUAUGUUGGUGAAUGUAACUCCAAUACCUUUGUACUGAUUCAUUGGGUACCAUCUAUUGAGCCCUGUUUAUACCUGGUGCUAACAUCUGUACGGAUCUCGUCCACAUUCUGAUUGUGCCCACAUUUUUAGACAGGCGUAGACUAUUAAAAUAACUGAUUGUGAUCAGAUCUUAUAUAGAUCUUCCUGACCACCUCCGGAGGUAGUCGGGACAAAUUGAUUGGUUGGAUAAAAGCUCAGUGGGCAGAGUUUGGUAAUGAGGAUGUUAGUGCUGGUCCGGGUGGGCGGAGUUUGCACUGGGUGAAAAGUGAUUGCAUUUGUUUUGAAACCGGCCUGUCCCACCAGUCAUGAUGAGCCGGGUGCCCCAUUCAAAGCCGAUGGUGAAGUUGGCUCAAAACAAAGUGAUGUAAGCCUGUGUCAAGCACGUGGAGUAAUGACUUAGGGCUGGAUUCAAUCUGUAUCGCAGAAGUAUUGCGGAAUAUCCGGAAUAUAGCUCAAUUAAAAUUAAAGGCGAUAUUCCCACGUUCGCGGAGACUGCAUUCACGGUAAACGCUGCAUAUGUCGGCUCAAUCGGAAAUUACCUUGACAUUUUAACACGGAUCUUCCGCGAUAUGUAUUUAAUCCACCCCUUAGGAGUAUUUAUAUGCAAAAGAGUUGUUCGCUCUUGAUAAAUCCCAAUGCAACUUUAUAAUCUAGGCUACUGAUAUAGGAAAUGACUAACUCACUGACCUUUAAAAAAAUAUAUAUAUAUUGUUAUGGUGCCCUCUCCCUUACUAGCACAGAAGGUCACAGGUUAUAAUCUUGCCGAUGCCCUUUCUCAAAAAUAUGUAUAUUUAUUGGGGAACUAAACUAGGAAUAUUCUUGGUUUAGUAUCAGCAACACUGACGGCUAAGUAUACAUUUGGAUUAGGUCAGUUUCAGGAGACAAAAUGUCUUAUACAGUACUCUACAUUUUAUAAGUCUGCAAUGAAAUAAUUUAACCACUGGAAGGCAGCAGUGUUCCAACUAAGUUAUAUCUGUAUCUCGCACGCAGUUUUAUAAAAAUAAAUCAUUUUUACUAUCUCAAAAAAGUUAAUUACACAUUCAGUUGGUUUUGUUGAAUAUCUGAAAUGUACAAGUGUAAUACCAAAGCAUAAACAUUCUUAAGAAAUCUUUAAGAAGACAAAGCUUAAGCGUACAGUGCAUUCAGUGUUCAGACCCCUUGACUUUCCACAUAUUAUUCUAAAAUGUAUACAAUUAUU